GAAGAAGAAGAAGAAGCGUAGAGGCGUGGCUUUUGCAGGCCAGGAGGAAGCCAACUUCUAAUCGUAAGGACUUAAACCUGUGGAGUAGCUGUCUGUGGUCAUGGCCUUCUCGAACUACAGCAACCUGAGCAGGGCUCAGCUUACCUUUGAAUACCUGCACACUAACUCGACAACCCACGAGUUCUUAUUUGGAGCCUUGGCAGAGCUUGUGGACAAUUCCAGAGAUGCCAACGCCACACGAAUUGACAUUUACACAGAGAAAAGGCCGGAGCUGCGGGGCGGCUACAUGCUAUGUUUUCUUGAUGAUGGCAUUGGAAUGGAACCAAGCGAAGCAACUCAUGUGAUCCAAUUUGGAAAGUCGAGCAAACGAUCCCCUGAGUCCACACAGAUUGGCCAAUAUGGAAAUGGACUGAAAUCGGGAUCCAUGCGAAUUGGGAAAGACUUCAUCUUGUUUACAAAAAAGGGCAACAGUCUAACGUGCCUUUUUUUAUCAAGGACUUUCCAUGAAGAGGAAGGUCUUGAUGAGGUAAUAGUUCCUCUCCCAUCCUGGGAUUUGGUAACUAAAGACCCGCUGACAUCUGACCCAGAGAAGUACGCCAUUGAGACCGAGCUGAUAUGCAGAUACUCACCUUUUAAAACUGUACAAGAGUUGAUGGAGCAGUUCAGCAAAAUUGAAAGUGUCAGCGGUACCCUGGUGAUCAUCUAUAAUCUGAAGCUGAUGGACAACAGAGAACCAGAGCUGGAUGUAGAGACGGAUCACCAAGACAUACUGAUGGCUGGAAUGCUUGCCGAAGGAGUGAAACCAGAGAGGAGGUCAUUUAGAGCAUACGCUGCUGUGUUGUACAUCGACCCCCGCAUGAGGAUUUUUAUCCAGGGACAUAAAGUGAGGACCAAGAGGUUGUCUUGCUGUCUUUAUAAACCGAGAGUUUAUAAGUACUCAUCAACUCGUUUUAAAACGCGCGCUGAACAGGAAGUCAAGAAAGCAGAUCAUCUUGCUAAGAUUGCGGAGGAGAAAGCCAGAGAGGCAGAAAGCAAGCGUUUAGCCAUGGAGGCAAGACUUGGAGACGAUGUGUCAAAAGAUUCUCGAACGAUCCUGAGAAAGGUCCAGGAUUCGGCUAUGAUGCUUAGACGGGAUGCUGACAUGAAGAAAAUAAUUCUAGAGUCCAAGCAGAAAGCAUUAAAGGAGCCCAAGGAGCUGAACUUUAUAUUUGGAGUGAACAUAGAACAGAGGGACCUGGAUGGGAUGUUUGUAUACAACUGCUCUCGUCUUAUCAAGAUGUACGAAAAGACGGGUCCUCAGCUGGAUGGAGGCAUGGCCUGUGGAGGUGUUGUCGGCGUGGUGGAUGUCCCGUAUUUAGUUCUCGAGCCUACACACAACAAGCAAGACUUCGCAGAUGCUAAAGAGUAUCGACAUUUGCUGAAGUCCAUGGGGGAACAUCUGGCUCAGUACUGGAAGGACACUGGCAUUGCUCAGAAAGGCAUAGUGAAGUUCUGGGAUGAGUUUGGAUACUUGUCUGCCAGCUGGUCUGCACCUCCGUCAUCGGAGGCAAGAUAUAAGAGACGCCGUGCCAUGGAGAUCCCAAUUACUAUUCAGUGUGAUAAAUGCUUAAAAUGGAGAACGCUGCCAUUCCAGAUGGAUGCUGUCGACAAACGCUACCCAGACAGCUGGGUGUGUCUUAUGAACCCAGAUAGCACCCAGGAUAGAUGUGACGCUGCUGAAAAGAAACCCAAUUUGCCCUGUGGUGUCCUGAAGAAAGAAAAGCAGACAGUUGAAGACAAACAGAAAGAGAUUGCAGAAAAAAUCAAACAGCAGCAGGAUAAACUGGAGGCCUUGCAGAAAACCACUACUAUCAAAUCUGCGGCAGACAUAAAGAAGCUGCCACUGGACGUUAGCAUGAAAACAGCAACAGAGAGCCCCUCGAAGGCGAGUCGGUCUUCAGAGAGAGCUGUAACGCGCCCCCGAUCACCGCCGCUGCCAGCUCACCUCAAGACUCCACAGAGUGCUCCCCCACCCCGCACCCCAUCUCAGCGGCCCACUCGGACACCUGUCCCUCCCCCACCUAAGGUUGAACCAUCCAGGUCCAAAGCUAUGGUCAAGUCACCAGCAGCAAAGCCCACCGCCAAAGCUUCUUCCAAAACACCCCCACCAAGCCGCACUUCGAGGUCACUCACUAAAGCAGCAGCCAAACCUGCAGCUGCUGGACAACGUAAGAGAGCAAUUGUGCAAGAGGACAUUGAGGAAGAGGAGGAAGAAGAAGAGGAGGAGGAGGAAGAAGAGGAGGAGGAGGAGGAAGAAGAAGAAGAAAGUGGGGAGAGUGAAGAAGAACAACCCCAGACAAAGAAAUCCAAGAUAGACACUGCAGUUGGUAACCGGGGGAAAGUGGUGGAGAAGGCCCCAGCAGCCAAACGUGGCAAGUUGGACGAGGUUAACACACAAUCACAGUCUGGAAAGAAAGGAGUUGCUACUCCUCCACGCCAGACCUCUGUUGCUAAACCCAAGGCGCCAGAAAAGGCGCCAGAGAAGGCGCCAGAGAAAGUGCCAGAGAAAUUGUCAGAGAAGGUACCAGUGAAGGCACAACAGCAGGAACUGGAGAAUGACAAGAAUGCUCAGAAAGAUAAGGGACUGCUAGUUGAAGUCCGUGUCAACAAGGAGUGGUUCACAGGAAAAGUCAUCGCUGUGGAGUCCAACAAACAGAGUGUUCGCUGGAAAAUCAAGUUUGACUAUGUCCCUCGAAACACCCCUAAAGACAGAUGGGUGUUUAAGGGCAGUGACGAGGUCCGUCUGAUGCGUCCGCCGUCUCCCAUCUCCCAGAUGCCUGACACCCAGCAGGAGACCGAGAAAGCGUCUGCAGCCAUGGAGCCAGAUACCACACAACCUGGCACCAGUCGGGAGGUGACAGAGAGCCUGGUCACCAUGUUGAGGACAAUGCUGCGUUACUUCUUCCCUCCUGCUUUUCAGAUUCCUAAGGAUGAUGUAAACAGCAUGACUGCAGAGGAGUUGGUGGCCUUUCCGCUGAAAGAGUAUUUCCACCAGUACGAAUCAGGUCUCCAAUCGUUGUGCAACUCGUACCAGAGCAGAGCGGACGCUAAGGCCAAAGCUGUGGAAGAGAAAAGCAACAACACAGAGAUGAAACUGAAGGAAGCAGAUGAGAAACUACAAAAACUACGAACUAACAUUGUUGCACUUCUGCAGAAAGUUCAAGAGGAUAUUGACAUCAACACAGAUGACGAACUUGAUGCGUACAUCGAGGACCUUCUCACCAAAGGAGAUUAAAUGGGAUGGAAAGGAGAAACACAGGAAGAAGAGAGAACGUGCACAUUGAACAACUGACAGCCAUGAUACUGACAGCUCCCCAGGCACUCCUAGUUAAGAGUGUCAUGUGAAUAUUUGGCGAUAUUUUCAUUGUUAAACCAUACCCCCUUUUUUCAUUUAAUAGUAACCAUACACUCCACACUGGUGUUUAUCUUUUAUUUUUGUUGGUACGUUGUUGGCAGCCAUCUAGCAUGUCAAUUUCAUUUUAGUCUUUUUAUAAACCUACUGCUACUGUUUAUGUUAAUCAGCACUAAAGCCAACCUAUCUUUAAUUUGUAGGUUUAAUACGGAUUAGGGUCCCUAUAUAGUCAAAAAAGGCAGUGACAAAAACUGGAGUUUAUUUAGCUCCAUUGUCAGGUGAGACAUUGAUACCAAGUAUUUUAAGAGUUUGGAUUAGCUGGACCGCACUCUGUACUGCUGUCUAUAUGUAAACGUAACUAUUAUUUUUGUACACUCGAACACAUCGGUGUUGCUCAUUAUAGUGUCCCGUCCUGACCAGCUUGACUAGCAAACUGAGUAAAUCACACUAAGAAAUUCAUACUGGGUUUUAUCAGUAUAAAUGUUAACGCCUAUUCUGUUUAAUCUGGGGGGGGGGUCUGUUUAAUGCAAAAGUACAGUGUUCCUACUCACCAUCUUUACCUGCGUCUUUCUUUUUGAACAUAUUUUAACAUGUCAUGAAAAUGUUUUAUUAAACUUUGCAUGAUUCAGUCUUUGUUUAAAUUGGAAGAAAUGGUUCUGUAUUUUUGAAAAAUCAUUACUUAAACAAUAAAACUGGUUCAACAACAA